UGAAAUAUUUGUUUUUUCACUUUCUAAUAAAGUUGCAACUAAAUAUUAUUUACCAAAUAACCAAAAAUUCGGUUUCUUCACCUUAUAAUAAAUUAAACCUCCGAAUAAAUCGAGUUAUUGCCGAAUAAGUUAUUAGGCCGUCACAACUGUCAAUUAAAGAGUAGUAGGAACUUAACCUAAAAUAUUAUACGUCGAAAGUGAUUUGUUUGUUUAUUAUUGAUUAGUUCAUUUUUGGAAAUAUUUGAUUUCCAAGAAUUAAAUUGAAGGAAUUACAGAUAUUACUUUUUAUUUAAAUUGGGUUUACGAUAUAUUUUCUGCGUGCUAGCGUGUCAAGACGAAUAGAAAUCGUACUAAAUUUGAAAAUCACCAAAGAAACGCAGUUUGUUUGUAUAGUUAGCAGCCAACAAAGCGGUUUCUCCCUUUGUAUUGAUUAGUGUUAUACAUCCCGUAACAUCGUGGAAAUAAUAAUGUCAAAAUAAAAACACAUUAUUUAAUAGUUUUCCUCAAGAUACAUUUGAUGUCUACUAGAAAGAAUGCUGCGAAAAUGUCUGGUAAUACCAAAAAAGUGGUUUCGGGUACCACAAAACAAUCUUCAAAAGAAAGGGAUACUAGUACAGAGAGAAAAGAAAAGUUGGAAUUGCAAUCAUCGCAAAAAAAUAAAUCUAAACUAAUUGCAAACAAUAAAAUUAAGAGUGUGAUCAAAACUGAUUCCGCGUCAACAAUAGACACUAAACUAGCGUCAAAUAAAAAAUUGAAAAAUAAACAGGAAGUGCCUAUAACGCCAUCUAGUAGUAGAGUAACGACUUCUCAAUAUUUUCCUUCGAGAAAUAUGUUUUCUAAUGCCUUAAAAACUAAAGAUAUAAAUUUAAAAAAACCAUCCGAAGAACCAAAUAAUAAACAAAUACCGAAGAUAAUGAAAAGUAAAACUUUGGACAAAACAAAACCAAUAGAAAAAUCUACCGGUAGAUUAGUUAAGCCUACAAAAACUAAUAUUAUAAAAAAAUCGGUUUGCGAAAAAGUUAAAACCGAUUAUCCAUCAUUAGAAGCCAGUAGAUCAUCACCAGAUUCGAGUACAGUUUCUGAAAGACCGAGAACCGCCACUCUUCGAAAGGGGAGCAUAGUAAAUGCUAAUAUAGCAGGUCCGGACUAUCCGAAAAUUCCUCUCAAAUCUAAAGUAGACGUUCCGGAAACGAAAAUACACAGUCCCAAGUCACUUAGUUCGGAAGACGAUAAAUACGAGGAUGAUUUCGAAUCUUACGAAUCCGAUUUCGAAGAAUAUUCUUCGUCUAAUUCAACCGGGAAUUUCGAAGAUAUUUCUUCGGAAGAUACUAGCAGUAGCUCAACCGCUAGCCCACGACGGUUAAAAUGUAGUGGUACGACAUCCGUUGAAACUAGAGUUGUUUCGAUGAACGUCGAAGAAGACAAAAAAUUAGAUUCGGGACAUUUCGACAUGUCCGAUUAUAAAAACAAACGAAUUUUAAAUAACAUCAAAGAAUCUAUAGAAAAAGAAAAUACGAAUCUCGUUUUGACGAAUAAUCCGGCUUCGUUGUCGGACGAGGGAUUCGAAGAUCAAAAAUCUUUACAAUUCAUAAAUUUCUUGGAGGCCAAGAAGAAAAACGAACGGCUAAAAAGUUUGGAAAACAAAAGGAAAAGGGGCGAAGACAUAUUGAAUAUGAUCAGAUUGGAUUCAUUCGGUUUCACUUUGUUUGAAAUGGCGCCCGUUUCAUACGAAACGUUCAUAAAACGUUUCGGAAACGAUAAUGCCAUACAAACGGCAUGUCAAACGGGCCAAGACGAUAUAGACGAAGAAAUACAGACCGAUGACAUCAUUCGUUCGAAUAAAUGGACGCAACAACCAACUUCGAUCACUAAUUUCGACCAAAGUGUUCCGAAGUUUUGGCAACAAUACAGAAGUGAAUACUUGGGAUGUGGGAGCGGAGAUGACAUUAUAGAAGACGAUAAGAAUAUUAAGAAUGUCGAUAGGCAUUCUUUAAACAAAUUUUUGUUAUCUAGUUGUAAUUUGAUGUUGCGAUUACUACAGGAAUCGAUUACAAAUAAUAAUACGAUGGUUCUACGAACUAAUAAUAAAACUUUACCGUUCAGCGACGGUUAUUACAAGUUCGAAACGUCGAGAGAUAUUUUCGUUAAUACUCGAGUGUCUUAUGUGACUUUUUCCUGUGAUAUUAGUAUUAAAUUAAUUACGGUUUUUACGAAAAAUCGUAAUAGCCUAGUAGCCGUUUGGAGUGUUUUCAAUUGCGAAGAACCCGAAGCGGUUUUCGAAACUUACGGACUUGUGACUUGUUGUGCUUUCGGCACAGGAAAGUCUGAAAUUGUUUAUAUGGGAAUGGAAGAUGGGUCCAUUUUAAUUUGGAACAUUCGAGAUAAAAAGAAAUCUGACAUACCGAAAACUGUGCCUACUUUUUCUACCGAUAUCAGUUCCGGUCAUCAAACUAAAAUAGUAGCUCUUCACGUUUUAGAUAAUUAUGAAGAAAAUUCGUAUAACCAACAAACUAACGAGCUCUGUAGUCUGGAUGAGGAUGGUGAAAUAAUAUUAUGGACCAUAAUAGAAAAACGAACAGAUUUUAAUAAUUCUGACGACGAAAACGACGUCGUUCUCGUAAAAAACACCAACGUAUCACUAAAAUCGUUACAUCCCGAUUUAACUGAUCUACAAUGCACCGAUUUCGUCGCCAGUAGUUCGAAUACAAAUUAUUUAUUAGUAUCAACGAAUUAUGGUUUCAUUAUCCACCAUUUGAUUAAAGGAGGUAGCAGUACUGUGAAAAAGUUCCUCCCAGGUUCUGAUUCCAUAGCUACAUGUUUAGAAAGUUGCCCUUUCUCUUCAGAAUAUUUUUUAGCCGGGUACGAUAACGGGGAUAUAAAUAUAUAUAGUAGAUCGUCAGAAAAACCGCUCAUGGUACUAUCAGAUAAAGAUAAAAAUUUGGAUUACUGCCCUGUAGAUAAGAUUCAGUGGUCAAAAAAUGUACCCGUUGUUGUUUAUACUAAAGAUGCCAAAAACAGACUAAAUAUCUGGUAUCUGAAUGAAAGUGACAUGUUUCCAAUUUAUACAGUGCCUUUUGAUGAAGAUAUCACUUGUUUAAAACUAUCACCUUGUAUACAGAAUAAAAAAUCGUUUUUGUUGAUUGGUACCAGCAACGGUUCACUGUAUCUUUAUCAAUUGAAUGAAGAACAUGGUCAACAACUUAGUAAUGUAUAUGAAGAAAGUGUAGAGACUUUUAUAAAAUACGUAAAUAGAUUAUAGUAAUUUUAAUAUUACAUUAUGUUGAACUAUUUUGUAACGAUUUGUUUUAUUCUGAAUUGGUUUAUUAAAAAUUAUAAAAUACCUUAUUAUUUUUU